CAAUCACACAUGGCGAUUCGUUCUGCUGCUACUCGCUCACCAUCAUCCAAUGCAGCGUCGAUGCCAUCUCGAUAAGAGGCAGAGCAACUCGCCCUUACACUACACACCGCACGACUUUUGCCAAGAAGCCUUGUUGGCUGGCUCGUUUCGCACUCGGUGUUAGAGUUGGGACUAACAGUGACUGGCGCCAGACCUCUGCCAGGCGCGCGCCUUUGUCGGUCCAAAUAGCUCGAGACCUUUUCUUAGAACCUCGGUCUUGCGCCAAAGAGCCAGGUUCGCCAUCAUCAGCGUGUGCGUCUUCCCAUCUCGAUACCCUCGCAGCUCGAGCGCCGUGAGAAGCGAGCGCGAUAAAGACGUUAGGGAGCAUCAAGCUUGCUUUGCCUAGUAGAGCAAUACAUCAUGGCCAAUGCAAACUUCUUAGACAAGGCGGUGGAGAUGGUGAAGGAGGCGAUCGAGUUGGAUCAAGGUCAAAAGUAUGCAGAGGCGUACAGGCAGUAUAUGAACAGCUUGGAUUACUUUUUGAUGGCUCUCAAAUAUGAAAAGAAUGAGAAGCUGCGAACAAUGAUUCGAAGUAAAUUCGAAGAAUAUGUCGCAAGGGCCGAGCAGCUCAAAGCCCACCUCGCAAAGCAAGCGGGUGGAGACGAGAAUGGCGGCAAAUCGGCAGUCGGAGCGAAUGGCGGUACGAGCGAUUCGAGAAGUGGAAAGAAGGGCAAUGACGACGACGGGGAUGCCGAGACGAAAAAGUUGAGGGCCGGCUUGAGCAGCGCUAUUCUGAGCGAGACCCCAAAUGUCUCGUGGGAUGAUGUCGCUGGUCUCACCACUGCGAAGGAAGCGCUCAAAGAGGCUGUGAUUUUGCCCAUCCGCUUCCCUCAGCUUUUCACUGGCAAGCGCACACCAUGGCGAGGAAUCCUGCUUUACGGACCUCCUGGUACUGGAAAGAGUUUCUUGGCAAAAGCCGUGGCCACAGAGGCGAAGUCGACCUUCUUCAGUGUUUCAUCAUCCGAUCUUGUCUCCAAAUGGAUGGGAGAGUCAGAGAGGCUGGUCAAGCAGCUGUUUGCCAUGGCCCGUGAAGCCAAGCCCAGUAUCAUCUUCAUCGACGAGGUGGACAGCUUGUGCGGGACGAGAGGAGAAGGAGAGAGCGAAGCGAGCAGAAGGAUCAAGACUGAAUUUUUGGUCCAGAUGAACGGCGUUGGCAACGACGAAGCUGGUGUGCUGGUGUUGGGAGCUACGAACAUUCCUUGGCAGCUGGAUAUCGCCAUCAAGAGACGUUUCGAGAAGAGGAUCUACAUCCCACUGCCGGAGGUGGAAGCCAGGAAACGCAUGUUUGAGCUUCAGGUCGGCACUACACCUUCCAAGCUAACAUCGCAGGACUAUAGAGGGCUAGCAGAGAGGACAGAGGGCUACACCGGAUCGGACAUCAGCGUGCUCGUAAGGGACGCUUUGAUGCAGCCAGUGCGCAAAGUGCUCUCUGCGACCCACUUCAAGAAGAUCAUGGCUCCCGCAAGGGUGAAGGAGGGAGAAAAAGUGUCGAGCGAUGUGCAGACGGAGUACCUGACACCAUGUUCGCCUGGUGAUCCGGAUGCUGUCGAAAUGGGCUGGGAGAGCGUAGACAGCAAAGAUUUGUACGAGCCUCCUCUGGUCAUGAACGACUUCUUGCGGGCCAUUCAGGCAGUCAGACCAACCGUGACGGAAGCUGAUAUCGAGAAGCACCGCGAAUUUACGGCCGAAGCUGGAGUCGAAUGACUUUCCCUUUUGCGCACACCGACAAUGUUUUUUUUUUUUUUUUU